AUGAAGUUGAACGGAGAAAUCUCGGACGGAGAAGAAGAUGAAGAGAAAAUGGUGGUUGGUUACGCCUUAACGUCGAAGAAGAAGAAAAGCUUUCUAAAGCCAAACUUUAUUGCCCUCGCUAGGAAUAAGGGGAUUUCCUUUGUUGCCAUUGAUCCAAAGAAGCCGAUGCUAGAACAAGGUCCAUUUGAUGUUGUCUUGCAUAAGUUGCCAGGAAAAGAGUGGCGUGAGAUUAUUGAGGAUUACAGGCAUAAACAUCCCGAAGUAACCAUCCUUGACCCUCCAUAUGCAAUUCAACAUUUGCUCAAUCGACAAUCCAUGCUACAAUAUGUGGCAGAGCUAAAUUUAUCUGACUGCCAUGGCAAGGUUGGGGUUCCACAACAGUUGGUUAUCACUAAAAACCCAUCUACUAUUCCAUAUGAAGUCACCAAAGCUGGAAUGAAGUUACCAUUAGUUGCUAAACCAUUAGUUGUGGAUGGGAGUGCAAAGUCACACGAAUUGUGUCUUGCUUAUGAUGAAUUGUCUCUUUCAAAGCUUGAACCUCCACUUGUUCUUCAAGAGUUUGUCAAUCAUGGUGGUCUUCUUUUUAAGAUUUAUAUUGUCGGGGAAGCUAUAAAGGUUGUGAGGCGUUUCUCUCUACCCAAUGUUAGUAAAAAUGAGCUAUUGGAUGUUGAUGGUUUAUUCCGAUUUCCAAGAGUUUCAUGUGCAGCAGCUUCUGCAGAUGAUGCUGAUUUGGAUCCAAAUAUUGCAGAACAUCCACCAAGACCUUUAUUGGAGAGGCUUGCAAGGGACCUACGUUGCAAACUGGGACUCCGCUUGUUCAACAUUGAUAUGAUACGGGAACACGGGACAAAGGACGUAUUUUAUGUCAUUGAUAUCAAUUACUUUCCUGGGUAUGGAAAAAUGCCAGAGUAUGAGCACAUAUUUAUCAAUUUUCUACUUAGCCUUGGGAAGAAUAAGUGUAAGAAGAAGGAUGAUACUUAA